UUGCUAAUUUCGAAUAGUAAACAGAAAAUAUUCACUUGUUCCCCUGAGAUCAAUUACAGGAAAGUAUAUUGUUUGGCAAUUACUCUUCCUAAACCUCUGCGCAGACAUAAACAUACGUGGCAACGAAAUCCUCGUCCACGUCAUCAUAUGGUACUGUUUCCCCUAACCUUAACUUUAUCAUCACCACCAAACCCCAAAAACUGUGUCCCCUUCCCCCAAUUCCCCCUCCCCUCAUAACUCUCUAGGGUUUCCACUUCAUUUCCAAUAAUUCAACAACCAUGGGUUCACUCGCCGAUCCCGGCGAACUCGACUCGGUGGCGCCGCCGCCGAGUUUCGACGACUUCCAGCGCCAAACUUCUUUAAUGACAAGCUGCACACUCCUCUGGAAAGAGCUCUCCGAUCACUUCACUUCCCUCGAACAAGACAUCCUCAAGAAAUCCGAAGCCUUAAAAGCUAAAAUCCAAACCCUAGAUUCCGAAACCAAAGCUUCCCUCGACGUCCUCGAAAAACGUGAGAAUUCAAUGAACGUUUCACUCUCAAUUUCUCUUCAGAAGGUUCUCGAAAACAAGCAAGCUGCUAUUUUAGCCCUAGAUGAGGGUGCAGAACAACCCGAAGUUGAUGACUCUACUGGUUUGUAUCUAAAAUUGAAGAGCUUUUGUGUUAAGAUGGAUUCUAGAAGCUUCUGGAGGUUUUUAAUUGUAAAAAAGAAGGAUUUGGAUUCACUUAGGGUUGAAAUACCGAAAGCAUUAGGAGACUGCGUGGAUCCGCCGAGGUUCGUGUUGGAAUCGAUAUCGGAGGUGUUUCCAGAGGAUAAAAGGCCUAACCCAACUCUUGAUUUGGGCUGGGCCUGUGUUUUGAUGUUGGAGUCUUUGAUUCCAGUUAUGAUGGACCCGGUUCUGGGAAAUGAGAGGAAAUUGGUGACGCCGAGUGUUAAGGAUAAGGCCACUGAGAUAGCGGAGAUAUGGAAGAGGAGCUUGGAUGAAAGAGGAGGGAUUGAGAAUGUGAAGACGCCAGAUGUGCAUACUUUCUUGCAGCAUUUGGUAACUUUUGGGAUAGUGAAGGAUGAGGAUUUUGAUUUGUACAGAAAACUUGUUGUUGGGUCUGCAUGGAGGAAACAGAUGCCUAAAUUGGCCGUCUCUCUUGGACUUGGUGAUAAAAUGCCUGAAAUGAUUGAAGAAUUAAUCAGCCGAGGACAGCAAGUUGAUGCCGUACAUUUCACUUAUGAAGUUGGACUUGCUGAUAGGUUCCCUCCUGUUCCCCUUCUGAAAGCUUAUCUAAAAGAUGCGAAAAAAGCUGCUACUGCAAUUCUGGAAGACCCAAAUAAUUCUGGUCGAGCUGCGCAUCUAGCUGCAAAGAAAGAGCAAUCAGCAAUUCGUUCUGUCCUUAAGUGUAUUGAAGAAUACAAGCUUGAGGCUGAAUUCCCUCCAGAAAACCUUAAAAAGCAGCUUGAGCAGUCGGAGAAGCCCAAGAAUGAGAAAAAGAGGCCAGCUGCUGUACCAGCAAAUAAAAGAACAAGAGCCAGUAAUGUUGGUCCUAUGCCUCCUGCUAAGGCAGGCCGUUCAACAAAUGCCUAUGUCUCAUCUUUCCCAGUAGCCCCUGCAUUUGUUAGGUCUCCCUCACACACCCAAUACCCUGCUGCAGUUCCAGCAUAUGCUGCACCACCUGCCAUCUACGGUAACAGGAGCCCACCUUAUCCUUACUCUCCAGAAGCUGCCCCAUAUCCAGGCACCCCAGUGAACUACUCUCCAGGCACCCCAGUGAACUACUCUCCAUAUGGUGGCUAUGGCAAUGGGAUGGCCCCAGCUUACCAGCAAGUUUACUACCGAUAGACAUAACUGGCUCUAAACUGGUGACAACUGAUAUCAUGACCCAAUCUGAAUUUCUUUUUAUAUGGUUUGUAAUCAGUAAUCACUAACCUUUAAUGGUAGCUUUAUGUGUGUGUUAAUUCCUAAUUCUGACUUUUAUCCUGCUUUGUUGCUUUGCAAAUAGCAGGCUGUAUUUCUGAUAUUAAUUGAAUGUGUAGUAUUAGGUGGUUGUGAAGAUUAA